GUCUGCUCCCGGGCAGGCCUCUGCUGGCAUGGGAUCUAGUGCUGGGCACUGACCACAGCAGGCAGCGAAGGGUCGGGCAAGCUUUGGAGAAGGUCCCAGCGUCCCCACGGCCCUGGCGUGCGCAGCCGCCCUCCCCAGCCCCUGGAGGCAGAGAACACCUGUUUGCUCUUAGGCGAAAGAGGCUACUCAUCCACCCCCAGGGCCCAAGUCUGUUUGCUUUGGAAACAAGAGAUGCCCGGCAAACAGUCAGAUGAGGAACAGGUGGAGACGGGGGCUGCGGAGAACUUGGCCGAGGAGGACCUAGGGGGCCUCACGGCAGAGGAGCUCCGGCAGGGCCAGGAGGCAGCCCUGGAGCUAGAGGACAUGAUGGCGCUAAGUGCCCAGACCCUGGUCCGAGCCGAGGUGGACGAGCUUUACCAGCAAGUGCGUCCCCUGGGCCAGGGCCGCUUCGGCCGGGUCCUGCUGGUCACCCAUCGCCAGAAAGGCACUACCCUGGCCCUGAAGGAACUCCCAAAGGCCUCCACGUCUCUCCGCAGCUUCCUGUAUGAGUUCUGCGUGGGCCUCUCGCUGGGCACACAUUCGGCCAUAGUAGCGGCCUACGGCAUCGGCAUCGAGUCCGCCACCUCCUACAGCUUCCUGACGGAGCCUGUCCUGUGUGGGGACCUCAUCACCUUCAUCCAGCCCAAGGUGGGCCUCCCGCAGCCGGCCGUACAGCGCUGCGCGGCUCAGCUGGCCUCAGCCCUGGAGCACAUCCACUCCCGCGGCCUGGUGUACCGGGACGUCAAGCCCGAGAACGUGCUGGUGUGCGACCCCGCCUGCCAGCGGGUCAAACUGACCGACUUCGGCCACACGCGGCCCCGCGGGACCCUGCUGCGCCUGACCGGGCCGCCCAUCCCUUACACGGCCCCCGAGCUCUGCUGCCCCCCGCCCCUCCCCGAGGGCCUGCCCAUCCAGCCUGCUCUGGACGCCUGGGCGCUGGGGGUUCUGCUCUUCUGCCUCCUCACCGGCUACUUCCCCUGGGACCAGCCCCUGGCCGAGGCCGACCCCUUCUACGACGACUUCCUCAUCUGGCAGGCGUCCGGCCAGCCCCAGGACCGUCCGCAGCCCUGGUUCGGCCUGACGCCGGUGGCGGACAGUCUCCUGUGGGGGCUGCUGGAUCCUCGCCCCCGCAAGAGGAGCCCCGUGGGCUCCGUCCGGGACUACCUGGGGCGUCCCUGGAGGCAGCGGGAGGGGGAGGCUGAGGAGGUGGACGAGGGGGACGGACAGGAGGACGGAGAGUGAGCUGGGCACAGCCUGAGCCCACCUUCCUGCAGAGACUCUGGAAGGGAGCCGGGUGGGCUGCACAUCCUGAGGUCUCCUCCGCCUUCACGGGGUGGCUUGUGGCUUCCCUCUCACCUCUUUGCCCCUCUCGGCCUUCCUUUCCUCCCGCGUGGGCAUUCCGUGUCCCUCGCGUGGCCUGGGGGGCCUCCGUGUCACCGUUGCCAUCUGCCCCGGGGCCUUGGCAAAUGCCAUUGCCUUUGCCUGUGGUCUCGUGGCUCAUUUCCUCACCUCCCGCUCCUCAGUGAAGCCCCCCACCCCCCACCGGGCAGCCGCAUGUCUUGACUCUCUGCCCCCCUUCCCUCUGUGACAUACACGUGGGUCUGUGUCCUGCUGGGGGACGGGGGUCCAGCCUGUCCUGGGGGGUCCCCCACGUAGCUGUCCUGGUCCAUAGCAAGGGGCCGGGGAAUGCGUGUACAAUAAACGAGCCCGUCUGGUUUGUG